AUGCUAUCACAAACAAUAGAUACGCAACAACUUUCGACAAUGAUUCCAUUUCGUUAUCGGAUUUUAUUGUAUACAAAUAUUCUUCUUGUAGUGGUUGAUAUAUGUAUUAAUACAUUCAGUGAAUUUCUUGCACCAAAUACAUUGGGACAACUUAUUAUUUUUAUUGUCCAAGAUGUAUGUAUUGUACUUUCACUAACAUUACUUGUUGUUAUGGUUUUAACAACUUAUGUUGCUCAAGCUGGUUUACUCUGUUUACUUCUUCGGAUGUUUCGAUUUUCAAUUGUUAUUACAUGCUUUUAUUUUGUACUUUGUGCUGUUGCUCAAGCACUUAUACUUAAUGAACGUUUUCAAUAUGAUACAUUUAUUAAUGAUGCCUUUAAAAAACCAGAAGUAUUAGCUUUUUAUGUUAUUCAACGUACAUUUUCUGUUUUAUAUUAUUAUGGAAUGAAACGUGCUGCUUAUCGUUUAAGUGAUCCUCACUUUUAUCAAUCAUCAAAAUGGUUACAAGAUCUUUGGGAAAAACGUCGUAACGCUGCUACUAUGCAUGUAGCUUCAACAGCUGGAUCUGCAUCAGCAACAACUACUUGUGUUUGUUGUACAAUUCUGUAG